AUGGCGUCAUUUUCUGUGGGUGUAUUUAUAUCAGAUGCUUUCACGUGUAGUACAAGACCAAAUCAAAGGAUCAUGGACAGUUUACAUCCCUUUGUGUUGAUCUUCCUUCACCAUGUGGUCUCUCACUCGUGUCGUGGAAUAAGUUCUCUACCACAAAGGGAUGUAAUAGCAGAAGUAGACGCGACAUCUCCCGAUCCUACCAUACCGGACUUUUUGGCUGAUGAUGAUGAGCAUAAAUACGACGACAUCAGGAACCUCCUCCGUAUAGUUCCCUAUCAAGACUUGAAAAAGUGGAAAACUAAUUAUUUACGUGGACUACCACUCGUCAGAAAGCAUAAUGCCGCACCCAUCGCUUUAAUAUUAGCGCCGUCUAAUAUCGUGGCGAAACUACAACGACAAAAAAAGAAACAAGACAUUGCUCACAAUAUCUUUGACAUGUUAAACCUUACCAAUAAACAUGAUGAAGUUGAGCCACAUUCUCUAAGGGAUAAUACUCAGGCAAAUGGUGAUAAAUCCAGUGACCUCGAUCUAAAUGAUAUCUCCGAAGAAGGCCCGUAUGAUGGCUCACGAGUCAAAGUUAUUCAAGUGCACGAUAAUUCCAGCGACGAAAAAGUGACCCCCCAUAACGAUCAACCUGAAGCUAACACCGAAAACCAUCACUUGUUUAUUGACGUACGUAGUAACGAAUAUAAAAAUGUUGAUAAAGAUUACUUACACAAUCACUCACACGAAAAAGAGGAAGUCCCGAUGCCAGUGCAUAAUGUUUUAAGAAAUUCCACAAACACGUCUGCUGAAUUCAAGAAUAAUAUAAAGGAUAAUACCGCUGAAUCUCAUGAUAGUGAAGAUAAAAAAGAAAAAAAAAUUGACGAUGUAGCGCAUGAAAGAUAUUUAAAAAAGAAGAAUCCGGUAGAUAAAGUCCAAGAUAAAAAAGCUGUUUUUUACUCAAAUAAUAUAUAUCUAAAUACCAAUGAUACUUCUUUCAAAAACGACUUUGAACGCAAGGAUAAAAUUGUCGACAGUAUGGAAAUAGAUGACUCAUCGUCUAAACAACUCAUGGAUAAUGAAAACAGUGAUUUUUCUGACGAGAAUAAAGAAGUCAAAAAAGAGCAUGGAAAGAUGCAUCUAGAUCCUAUUAUAGAGUGUUUUAACGGCCAUUGCAAAAAAGUGUUUCAUGCUGGGUAUCAUAACGGUAUCUAUAAAUUCUAUAAUUUAUCAUUUCUUUUUCACAAAUAA